GCAUUACUUUUACUCUUCUUGCACGAUAUGCAAAUCCGUAUCAUUAUACCCGACAAUCUCCAGUAGAUAGAAGAAGGGCAAUGACGAGGGUCUCGUAUUAUUGUCGACGCUUUUCUGGCGUCGUCGUUCGAGCUCAUUGUACUGCAUCUUCGAGUAGAACGAGCUAUGUUCAAGAAAAUGAUAAGAUUGAUUUCGCCAUGUCAAAAUGUCAAAAGAACCGAAGACGCCCAGAAUUACGACGAUGUCAAGCUGUUGUUUCAUCGGUAGCAUCGGCAACAAGACAGCAACAACAGAGACGAUGUGCGUCGUCCAUUUCAUCAAAAAUCUCGAUGACGGCAGAAGAGGCGGGCCGAAAAGCCUCACAGCUCGCUUUGGAAGCAAUGGAACAGAAGAAUAGAAAUCAUGUCGUUGAUAAUCACUCUGACGAUCACAACCGUAACAGUCAAGGCAGCGACAAUGGCAACAUUAUCGCCAAAACAUCCGUGGCGACGAUACUCUCACAUGCCGGGAUCGAAAUCUGCCAUGAGGGCAGCAUUGAAAUGGUAGGAACGAGCAAGAAUUUUCCAAUGUCACCCCCUUUGCAUACAGCCACGACUUAUACCCGCCCUCCUGAUGGUAUAUAUAAGGACGGGUAAGAACUAUCUGCCAGUACGUGCAGGAGCGACAAUUUUUGCAAAAUUCUUCUCAGCGGGAUUGAAACUCUUUUUGCUUUCGUUUGGUUUGGUUUUAUGAUACACAGAGAUUCAAUCUAUGCGAGAAUGGACAAUCCCACUCGUCUCCUAUUGGAAAAAUGUAUUUUCGAACUGGAGUGCUCUCAUCCGAUGUUCUCCUCGGAGAAAAAUACAGCUGACAAUAUCCCGAUGAAAACAAGCUUUGCGUUUUCCUCGGGAAUGCAAGCUGUGACAACCAUCCUUUUAGCACAUUCUACAUCAUCAUCGCCAUUGUCAACAGGAAGCACCAUGACAGUAUUGAUUCCUAAGGAUGUCUAUCACGGAAUCCGCUCAUUGUUGUCGGAUGUCUUUUCUAGACAUGGUGUUGAAGUAAUAGAAAUAAACAUGGUCACACUUGGGAAAAAUGAAAAUGGCGCGGACAAUGAAUCGGGUGCUGUAGCAAUCCAAAAUGCCAUUUAUGAUAUUGCUGCAGCUGUCACCAAAGAUAAGUACGAUAGGCGUGGUGUUGACGGCAAUGAAACAGAUGGUCAGAACAAGAAUGAUCGCCACAACGUGAUUCUUUGGAUGGAAACCCCCUCGAAUCCAAAAUGUGAGGUAACGGACAUCGAAGCCAUUUGCAAUUCAGCCCAAUCGGCUGCCGCUCGUUGGAAGAAUGUAAUUGAUGUAACCACGGUUGUUGACGGCACCAUGGCAUCUCCAAUCUUAACGCGACCACUAGAGGUAGGUAACAUCCACGACAAAAAGAUCAAGCUUGUAUCUAUCUUUCAGGUCAAAAGACAAAAUUCUAACUAAGCUACACUUUUUCUAAUAAUAUUUUGCUUUCUUUUUUAUUUCCGUGCAGCUCGGGGCCGACAUUUCCUUCCAUUCAGGAACCAAAUACCUAGCGGGCCAUUCGGAUGCUCUUAUCGGAACUCUGACUUUAUCUCCGAUAACACCUCGUGGCCAAAUCUUGGCACCAUUGAUUCGAUCGGUUCAAAUUGCUGGUGGUGGCGUAGCUUCUCCGUGGGAUUCAUGGCUGACCCUGCGAGGGAUGCGAACCCUUCACGUAAGAGUCGAACGGCAGUGCAAAACGGCAAUGAAGCUCGCCGAGUAUUUAUACGAAAAAAUGCAGCUCGCGGCAGAAAGGUCAGAUCGGGACCCAACGACCAAGGUAGCCGCUGUUCAGGCCGUCCAUUACCCCGGUCUUCCGUCUCAUCCCCAACAUGAUGUAGCAAACCGGCAAAUGGCAUCGACACCACCAAAAUCAGAUCACAACAGUAGUGCUGCCAUGCAAACAAAUUGCUACGGUGGCGUCUUGUCGUUCGAAAUGGCAAACGAGGUCGAAGCCACUGCCUUUGCGGGGGCAGUGCAGAUAGCUCAGCGCGCGACGAGCCUUGGCGGCACGGAAACGCUGAUAGAACACCGGGCGAGCAUCGAGCCACCUGAGAGCAUAGUGAGUCCACUCGGAUUGCUCCGUGUAAGUGUUGGGCUUGAGAAUGCGGAGGAUCUUAUACGGGAUUUUGAUUCGGCGUUUGCGAUCGUUGAGCGAGUCAUGACAACGAACGAUAGCUAGAUGUUAUUACUAAGUCGAUAUUUUUCGAAUCGAAUAUCCUCUGUAUGCUAGAAUAACAUUCGUGAAAACUU